UUUCAGAAUAUUGGAAUAUUGAUUUUCUCAGGUAUUUUGAGAGAUGACUGAUGAUGUCAAGAGCAGCGAUAAUGAUCCAUACAAAGAAGUGAUUCGAGGUGGCUUAAAAUUGAAGAAGGGCAAGUCAAAGUUCAAGAAAAAAAAGAGAGAAAGUGUUGAUCUGAAGACUAUUGAUAUAACUAUCCAUAAAGAUGCCGAUGCUACAAUUACAUAUAAGACACCAGCGGAGAUAGCAUUUGAGAAGCGACAGUUGCAAAAUCAGUUCGAACGGUUAGCGAAGAAAGCAGCUGUAAGUCAUCGUGAAAAAGUUGAGAAGUUUAAUCAGCAGAUGAGCGAACUAACCGAAUUUAACGAUAUACCAAAAGUUUCAUGGACGAAAUGAUUGCAAAUUGUGUGAAAAAAACCUUUGGACCAAUUUUUAAAAUAUCGUUUCUAGUGUCUCGUUUUGUUGUAUCCUUGAAGAUUUUCAUCGAGCAUAAUGAUAACUUCAUUUCCUCCUUGCCGUUUAUUGUAUAGAAAGUAUUUCGUGUAGUUAUAUGUAACACUUCAGUGACUGUACAAAUCGGUCCAUUCAGCUGUUUACAGUAAUGGUUGUUUUUGUGAAUGGUCAUCACUCUCUUUUUUGUACACUC